AUGCGGCGGGCGGCGGCGCUGGUGCUGCUGGCGGCGGCGCUGAGCGGCCCCGGGGCCGGUGCCCGGAGCUGCCCCGCGCUCAGCCUGGGCUGCAAGUGCGCGGCCGAGCGGGCCAAGGCGGGCGGCGGCCCCGGCGCGCCCCGGCGGAGGGUGGUCUGCAGCGGCGGGGGGCUCCCCGCUCCGCCCGAGCCGCGCCUGCUGCCCGAGGGCACCGUCACGCUGCUGCUGAGCAACAACAAGAUCACGGUGCUGGAGAACGGCUCUUUCUUCGGGCUGCGGGCUCUGGAGAAGCUGGAUCUGAAGAACAACCUGAUCAGCACAGUCCAGCCAGGCGCCUUCCUCGGCCUCCCUGAGCUGAGGCGGCUGGACCUCUCCAACAACCGCAUCGGCUGCCUGAGUGCCAGCGUCUUCCAGGGGCUCCCCAACCUCCUCCGACUGAACAUGUCCGGAAACAUCUUCUCCAGCCUCCCGCCCGGUGUUUUUGACGAGCUCCCCUCCCUGAAAGUCGUGGACUUUGCCACCGAGUACCUGACGUGCGACUGCAACCUGCGCUGGGUGCUGCGCUGGGCCCGCGAGCGCCCGGCGCAGAUCUCGGAGCGGACGGCGUGCGCGUUCCCGCGGCAGCUGCGCGGCAUCGCCCUGCGAGGGGUGCGGGACGGGCAGCUCCGCUGCGCGGGAGCCCCGGAGCUGCACACCCACCACCUCAUCCCGUCGCUGCGCCAGGUGGUUUUCCAGGGAGACCGGCUGCCCUUCCAGUGCACGGCCACGUACCUGGACAACAGCACCCAGAUCCGGUGGUUCCACAACCGCGAACCCGUGCAGGAGGAUGAGCAGACGGGCGUCAUCGUGGAGGAGAGUCUCAUCCACGACUGCACCUUCAUCACCAGCGAGCUCAUCCUCUCCAACAUCCACGUCUCCGCCAACGGCGAGUGGGAAUGCGCCGUCUCCACCUCCCAGGGCAACGUCAGCAAGAAGGUGGAGAUCGUGGUGCUGGAGACCUCUGCAUCCUACUGCCCUGCCGAGAGGGUCACCAACAACCGUGGGGACUUCAGGUGGCCCCGCACCCUGGCAGGGAUCACGGCCUACCAGCCCUGCCUGCAGCACCCGUUCGCCGCGGGCCCGGCGGGCGUGGGCUCGGCGGGCGAGAAGCAGGCGUGGCGGCGCUGCGACCGCACCGGGCGCUGGGAGGACGGCGACUACUCCCACUGCCUCUACACCAACGACAUCACCCGCGUGCUCUACACCUUCGUGCUGAUGCCCAUCAAUGCCUCCAAUGCCCUGACCCUGGCUCACCAGCUCCGCGUCUACACGGCCGAGGCAGCCAACUUCUCGGACAUGGUUGAUGUCCUCUAUGUGGCCCAGAUGAUAGAGAAGUUUAUUGGCUACGUGGACCAGAUCAAGCAGCUGACAGAUGUGAUCGUGGAGAUGGCCAGCAACAUCAUGCUGGUGGAUGACCACAUCCUGUGGAUGUCCCAGAAGGAGGAGAAGGCCUGCAGCAGCAUCGUGCGCUCCCUGGAGAGGAUCGCUGCCCACACGCUGGGCAGCAACUCCCAGCACGUGGCAGUGAACUCUCGCAACAUCGCCUUCGAGGCGUACGUGGUGAAGCCCGAGAGCUACGUGGGGCUGAGCUGCGUGGCGUUCCAGCGGUGGGACGGGACCCCCCCAGGACGUUCCCCCACGGCCGAGGGGGGGACCGAGCCCACUCCCGACCAGCAGCUCAGGCUGCGCUGCACCACGGGGCGGCCCGACAUCUCCCUGACCAGCUUCCACAUCAAGAACAGCAUCGCCCUGGCCGCCAUCCAGCUGCCCCCCAGCCUGUUCUCCAGCCCUGCCCCAGCCACGCCGGGGGCUGACUGCAAGCUCCAGCUGCUGGUAUUCAGAAACGGGAAACUCUUCUGCAGCACCGGGAACUCCUCCCGCCUGGCCGACGAUGGCAAGCGCCGCAGCGUGGCCACCCCAGUCAUCUACGCCGGGACCUAUGGCUGCGGAGUGGGGAACCUGUCAGAGCCGGUGGCCGUGUCCCUGCGACACCCCGGGGAGGGCACAGACCCCGUGGCUGCGUACUGGAACUUUGAGGUGCUGGGGGGCAUGGGGGGCUGGAGUGCCGAGGGAUGCCAGCUGGCUGCCCGUGAGCCCAAUGUCACCUCCCUGCACUGCCGGCACCUCAGCAACGUGGCCGUGCUCAUGGAGCUCAGUGGGUUUCCCAGCGAGGCUCAAGGCGCUGUGAAGGUGCUGCACCCGGCCAUGUACACGUGCACGGCCGUGCUGCUGCUCUGCCUCUUCACCACCAUCAUCACCUACAUCGUCCACCACGGCACCAUCCUCAUCCCGCGGAAGGGCUGGCACAUGCUGCUUAACCUCUGCUUCCACAUCGCCAUGACGGCCGCCGUCUUCGCGGGAGGCAUCACCCUCACCGGCUACCGGGCCGUGUGCCAGGCCGUCGGCAUCAUCUUGCACUACUCGUCCCUCUCCACGCUGCUCUGGAUGGCGGUGAAAGCCCGAGUGCUCUACAAGGAGGUGACCUGGAAGGCGCCACAGCAGCCGGACAGGGACACGUCCCAGGCAGCCCCCAGACCCAUGCUGCGGUUCUACCUGAUCGCCGGCGGGAUCCCCCUCAUCAUCUGUGGGAUCACGGCAGCUGUCAACAUCCAAAACUAUCACGACAACAACCCCUACUGCUGGCUGGUGUGGCGGCCCAGCCUGGGCGCUUUCUACGUCCCCGUGGCUUUCAUCCUGCUCGUCACCUGGAUUUAUUUCCUCUGUGCCGGACUCAGCCUCCAGUGCCGACCCUCGCACCAGAAAGCCAUCCCGGAGCCUCUGGAGCCACCGCCACGGCUGGGGGGGACCAGUGACCUCCUGACAGACUCUGGCUCCAUCUCGGUGACGCUGAACUCGGGGCCGCCCUGCCCGGAGGGGGACGGUGUCUACUCUCUGCGGGUGCAGUUCUGGGCGCUGGUGGCCACCCACGCCAUGUACGUGGCCCUGUGGACGUUCGGGGCCAUGGCCGUGUCCCAGCGCUGGUACCUGAACAUCGUUUUCAGCUGCCUCUACGGCGUCACCGCCGUGGCGCUGGGGCUCUUCAUCUUCAUCCAUCACUGCCUCCGGCGCCGGGACGUGCUCAGCUCCUGGUUCUCGUGCUGCCCGUCGUACCGGAACGCGCUGCCCAUGCAGGCCUACGUGCACCCCGGGCUGGGGCCAGAGGACGGCUCGCAGGUUUUCAUCGGCUGCGAGCCAGAGGCCGCUCGCUCCGGCGCCUCCUCCUCCUCCUCGCCCAGCAGCGCCGGCUCUGCCGGGGGCCGCUGCAAGCUCACCAACCUGCAGGUAGCCCAAAGCCAGGUGGAAACUCGCCCGGCGCCCUGUCCGGAGCCGGACGCUGCCGACGGGAAGCCGGUCAGGCACACCAGCAACCUGCACGGCCGCAGGAGCCAUCGGGGCAGAACUAAGCCGUGCCGGGACGGGAAGCACCACCGCUUGAAAAUGCUGCGGGGCCCCUCGGAGCAGCCGUCCAGCGAGAGCGGGAGCCUCCACAACAGCCACUCCGAGAGCUACCCCAGCGGCAGGACCAGCCCGGCCAGCGGCGGCCGCGCGGGGCCGCGGCCGGCUCAGGAUGGGGACGCGGUCCCCAGCCCCUCGGAGGGCAGCGACGGCGGGCGGAGAGUGCCCGAGCUGGCCGAGGCUCGCCGGAGGAGCGGCAGCCGGGACAACCUGCGGCCGGGCGGCGGCGCCGAGAGGGAGGCGAAGCGCCGCUCCUGCCCCCUCAACGUGGGCAGCCACAACGGCGGCCUCAAGGGCAGCAAGUACGACAUCAACCUGGCCAGCGCCGACAGCGUGGCCGGCAUGAAGACCGGCCUCUGGAAGAGCGAAACCACCGUGUGAAGGUGGGGAAGGACCGAGGGCCGCAGCGUUUUCCUGCGGGAGCCGCGGCCGGAGCUGCUCGAUCACCACGUGCACUAGCCGGGAUGGGCGGCACAGCCGGGGGCUCCGGCUCCCCCGGGCACAGCACGAUCCCGGGCCCACCCAUCUCCCCGAGGAGGCUCCGAGCUUCCUGCCGCGGUGCCGGCGGCUCCAGGCAAUCCUUGCCCGCCAGCAGCUGGAA